AUGAAUCUCAAUGUCAAAGAUGGCAUUUCACUUCUGUCUUUGAAGGAUCACACUAUGCCAUCCUAUAUUCAUACAAUGCCCACUCAACCACUCAGCACAACGACACAAACACCUCGCAGAAACAGUGCAGGUGACUUUGUCAACUCAAUAAUCGAGGGUCAUGUAGUGUUUGAAAAGAUUGGCGCUCUUGAGAGCUGA